GAGUGAGAAAGCAUGAAAUGCUGGACCCUGCGAGAAAAACCUCACUGGAAGUGACUUGGUACGCUGCUCUCGAGGUCUCUGUCUCAGAAACAGCGUGAGGGAUGAAUGAGAUAUAAGUAUUCACGCCGGGCGCAUCAUCCUCCACUGUCCAUGGAGAUCAAACACGAAGACGACCUUGCAACGAUGCAGGGUGGAUGUUGACUGUUUGAGUAAAAGUUCAUCGGCGGUGUUGGUAUGGAUCCGGCGGCAAUCAAUAUGAUGAACGACGGUUCGUUUGCGAAUGGAAACGCUAAUACGGCGUCGUAUAACUUGGCGGAGAUCUGGCAGUUCCCGAUGAACGGCGGUGCGGGUCUCGGGGAGUCUGGAGGCAGGUUGGGCUUGAGGAAGCCGCAGUUUGGACAAAAUUUGGGGCACUUUGGUGAUUUUACGUCGGGUCCGAAUCGGAAUGUCCCGGGUAAUGAUCCGAACUGUUCGGAGCAGGGAGCGAAUGGGGUCAGUAAGAAGAAACGCGAUUCCGAGGAGGAAUUGGCUAAAGACGUCUCCACCACCAGCAACGUUGGCAUUGGCAAUAGCAAUGGCGUGAAUAAUGGUGACGGAAAACGGCUUAAAUUAUCAGGGAAUAGGAAUGAGAGCCGUGAAAUUGAAGCUGAAACAAAAACCAAUUCAGAAAAUCCAGCGGAGCAAAGCACUCAACCAGCUUCUGAGCCUCCGAAACCAGCUUACAUCCAUGUACGGGCUAGAAGGGGUCAAGCUACUGAUAGUCACAGUCUAGCGGAAAGAGCUAGGAGGGAAAAGAUAAGCGAGAGGAUGAAAAUUCUUCAGGAGUUGGUUCCUGGUUGUAACAAGGUUAUUGGGAAAGCGUUGGUCCUCGAUGAGAUAAUUAAUUAUAUUCAGUCACUACAGCGCCAAGUUGAGUUCUUGUCGAUGAAGCUUGAAGCUGUAAAUUCAAGAGUUAACCCUGGUGUUGAAGUUUUCCCUCCUAAAGAUUUUGGUCAACAAACAUUUGACAUGGCAAUUGGUCCUCAAGCUAGACGAGAUCAGUUCAGCCGGGGAUCUUCACCGGAGUGGUUACAUAUGCAGGUUGGAGGUGGAUUUGGAAGACAUUAAACCAUAAAUCUGGUAAUAAAUACAUAAAGAUGCAGAACUUCCUUCCUCUGCGAAAAGACACAUGCUCAAGGUGUGGAGUGUAGAAUGUACACCUCAUUUCCAGGCUUUUAACUCGGGGUCAUGCAUGCAUGGAGGCUGGAGCUGGUAUUGUCUUUCGCAGGACCAUCUCAAGCUAGUAUAUAUAUGAGCAUCUCCAUUUGCUACCGUGUUGGAAACCGAAUUCGUUCGCUGAAAAUGUAGCACAGCGGACUCUGCAGGCUUUCCUUGUAAUAUUUUAGCUCUAAAGUAUUGCUCUUGUGAAAGAAGGCUGCCUCUCCUGAAUACACAAUACUUACAUAUUUCGUGCAACAGUUUCAACAUUGCUCUUUCUUUGUGACGCUAUGUUGAAUAAAGUAAAGCUAAUAUGACUUCGAAUCUUCCUUUUGGAAA